AUGCCGGCGGAUAUCGAGCGGCUCAAAGAUGAGGGCACGAGACAGCAGGUCGUAAUUGCUGGGGGAGCCGCAGGCCUCGUGUCCCGGUUCUGCAUCGCACCGCUCGACGUGGUCAAGAUCAGACUCCAGCUGCAGGUGCACUCGCUUUCGGAUCCUCUGUCGUGCGAUGGCAUCAAAGGUCCAAUUUACAAAGGGGUCUUCUCAACUCUCAGAGCGAUAGCCCGGCAAGAAGGCAUUCGCGCCUUAUGGAAAGGCAACAUCCCCGCCGAACUCAUGUAUGUCUGCUACGGUGGCGUGCAGUUCACGGCCUAUCGCUCCAUUACCCAGGUCCAAAGUCUAUUACCAAAACGCGCUCCACCGUCCAUCGAGUCUUUCAUCAGUGGUGCCGGCGCUGGUGCUGCCGCAACCACGGUUACUUACCCGCUUGAUCUUCUCCGGACCCGGUUCGCUGCACAAGGCCCCCAGCGGGUGUACACUGGCCUGCUGUAUGCUGUGCGGGACAUCAACCGCAUCGAGGGUUUUCGUGGGUUCUUCAGAGGUCUUAGCGCCGCCGUUGGUCAGAUUGUACCGUACAUGGGCCUCUUCUUCAGUAGCUACGAGUUUCUGCACCAACACAUCGGUGGCAAGACCUUGCCGUUCGGGUCAGGCGACGCUACCGCCGGGAUCUUUGCCAGCGUCUUUGCGAAAACCGCAGUAUUCCCACUCGACCUGGUGAGGAAGAGACUUCAAGUCCAAGGUCCCACCCGAACGAGAUAUAUUCAUACCAAUAUCCCUGAAUACAACGGUGUGAUACGCAGUCUGGCGGCGAUCUGGAGGAGAGAAGGCUAUAGGGGUUGGUAUCGUGGCCUGACGGUCAGUCUGGUGAAGGCGGCUCCGGCAUCAGCAGUCACCAUGUGGACAUACGAACAGGUCCUUCACGCGUUAAUCACGACGGACAAGAACGAUGAGCUGUGGGAAAUGUAUACUGGUUAUGAUGAUGAUGAUGACUGA